AUGCCGCUGCGCGAGCUGCGUGCAGGAACGCAAACGUCGUCAUUGCCGGGUGGGGCGAGCCUGCACAGUCACGGCAAAGAGCCUGACUUGAACGACAAGUUUUACCACUGCGAUCCGGUGGAGGAUGCGAGCCAGCGUCACCGGGCUCAUCGAGACGAGGUAUACGAGCAUCAGGAGCGAGAGCAGCAUCAGCAAGUGGCGGCGCAGCAGGUAGUCCUUACGUUAGCGUCGAAGGAGGAGCGUCGUCAGCAAGAUGAGCUGCUCUAUGCUGGACUCCUGGGGAGACUGAGCGCUGUGUACAAGCAGGCGUUGCCGGUUAUCUAUGUUCGUCCGACGCCGAGGGUUGCGUCCACAUCUCAGAGUGAACAGGGGGAGUGGCAGGUUAUGAGUCGGAGGGGGGGAGAAAGGGGGGGGUGGUAA